AUGGAUGACGAAGGUGGUGGACGUGGAGGCAAGGUCUCGAAACUUCUACCCAAAGGGCUUACAGCCAAAAGAUGGAGAAAGCAGCCGUCGAAAGAGAGUUUUAGCUCAACCGCCAGCAGCGAGGACGCCCCUCGUGGACGAAGCCCACACAGUCGCACGGCACUUUAUCAUGAUGAUCCGUCGGAUCGCCCUCUGACCUCGGAAUCACAGAGCAGUGAUACUAACCUGGAAGAUGGCGGGCUGGAGGAGGACGGAAACGUUACCCCCAUGAUUGAUGAGGAUGACCUUCUUAUCUUGGGAGCACUGGCUAGGAAGCCGCGCCUGGCUUGGCAGCUUCCAACGUCUCUAAUUACGUAUCUCAAACCGCUAUCCCCCUCACGGGCCUCAUGGUCUGGACUACUUGACGUCCUGUCUUUGUCUUCUCGAAGAGAGGUGUAUUUUACUACGGGGUCAUUCCAUCCCGGCCAGAGUUACGACCUCUUUGUUACACCCAAAUCCUCCCAGCAAAUAGGACAUCUUACCACCUCUUCACCAAUCAUCCAAGCCGAGCACGCACCCGUGGUGCACAACGUCGACGAGCUGGCGGACGGCAACAGUGGUAGUUUUCACAGGUCGCAGACCUAUUCUGUAUCUGUUUCCUCGGACAUUCCCAGCGAGCCCAUCCGACAGCUUUCAGCGACCAGAACGGGAUUGCAGCCCCCCGCCAGCAUUGAUUCCAGGCGGUCGAGAUCGCCUGCUGGCAGAUUCAAGGACGUCUUCAAGGGCAAGAAGAGUGCCAACAACUCGUCAACGAGCCUGAAUAGCCAGUCGUCGUCUACCGGCAUAGACCAGACUGACUUCGCCCCCGAGUCUGCGUCCGCAUCUACGUCGAGACCUACCACCAGCUCAGCCCUCGAUACAAAUGACGCCAAGGUGACUUCUCCUGACAGACGCCGAACCAGGCCACAGACGACAGUCGAUACAUCGCGGCCCCCCAGAACACCUCCCUCAGAUUCGCCCGCUCCUGCCAUAGUGAACACACCCCCUACGCCGACGGACCACAGCCACUCGAGGGCUGUAUCCGAGUGCAAGCAUCGGCCCGAGCAAACUAGCCAACAUCACACUACCACCCCUGACGCCAACCCCGAGAACGGCCCUCUACCCACUCCUGGUGGUACCGGCUUCUUCUCGUCCAUGUUCUCAGCGGCUCAGAACGCCACAAACACGUUUAGCAGCACCUUUCCCACCAGCAUCGGCCUUGGGAACAAGCCCAAAACCCCUAUUCCUACCAAGUCUCAGGAAGGCGACGGGGAUACGACAGAGGUAGAGACGGCCACUGGACAUACAGGAGAAGCAACCAUGAGCGAGCCUGCAGUCAAGACGCUCGGCCAAGGCGAUCUUAGUCUAAGUCACCUGGGGUUUCAGGAUACUGGAAGCACGGCUCCUACACCGCAAUUAUCCAAGUUUCCCGACAAUCUUGCGGCAGAUACAAGGUCGCGGUCAGAUUCGGCCCCAGAUGCCCCUCACACUUCACAAUCGCAGUCACAAUCAGGGUUAUCUACGGACGAGCUUGGUGGCCGACCACGGUCUGCCUAUGAAUCUGCCAGCGAUCGCACGCCGCCCACUAGUGUGUUUGAAGGAAAGCCUGGCGCCCGUCGCAGUGGCAGUGUUCGUAGUACUAUCGGUCGUAGAAGGAAGCGUGGCAGCACUGGAGGCACCGCUGGUACCAGUGGUACCGCUACGACCAUAGGUGCUGCCAUUGCAGCCGCCAAUGCCAGUGUCGCCCACCCACAAGCAGCUGGAAGCGUACCGAAGCUUACAGGCUUUGCUGUGGCGAGUAAGAAACGCAAUCGCGACUUUCACACCUUAUUCAAGAGCGUGCCAGAUGACGACUACCUGAUUGAGGAUUAUAGUUGCGCACUGCAGAGGGAGAUUUUGGCACAUGGUAGACUAUAUGUCUCCGAAGGUCACCUGUGUUUCAGUAGCAAUAUUCUUGGCUGGGUGACAACUUUGGUUAUGAGCUUCGAUGAGAUAGUAUCCGUCGAGAAAAGGAGCACCGCCCUGCUCUUCAAGAACGGUCUUAUGAUCUCAACACUUCACGCCAAGCAUGUUUUUGCGAGCUUCACGAGCCGGGACUCGACAUACGAUUUGAUCGUCAACAUUUGGAAGCUCGGCCACCCCACUCUGCGCAGUUCUCUAAACGGUGUGGUCCUUGAGGAAACUGGUGGAGACAAGACGGAGAAGGUCACUGAUCUUGAUCCGCCAGCUGAUCAUAGUGGCUCGGGCUCCGAAAUUGGCGAAGAGAUCGACAGCGAAGACGGCUCAGAAGACGUCUACGAUGAGGAUGAGGAGGGAGACGGUUCUCUCGAGGACACCACUGCCAUCGAAGGCAGUCCUACCGACACGGAAAUUGAGAAGACAGCCGCACGCAAGGCUUCCGGGGCGCUGACUGCCAACGGCACUUUAGAUAAGCCUUUGACAGGUGCGCCUGCUCCUGCUGGUGGUAUAGAUUUCCCCGGUCCUGCGACGCACGCCCCAACUGACUGCGGUGACGUGACAUUGCACUACGAAAGACCUUUGGGCGAUGAAAUCAUUCCUGCGCCUUUAGGAAAAGUUUACAACUAUAUAUUUGGGCCUGCCUCAGUUAAAUUCAUGGCUAACUGGCUUUCCAACGAGCAAAAAUGCCUGGACCUCCAAAUGGAAGACAAGAUUGGAUUGACACAGGAUAACAAGUCGCGAAACUACACAUACAUCAAGCCACUAAACGCUGCGAUAGGGCCAAGGCAGACUAAGUGCGUAGUCACUGAGACCCUUGAGGGCUUUGACCUCGAAAAAGCUGUCAACGUGUUGGUGGCCACGCAAACCCCCGAUGUACCAAGCGGCAAUGUUUUUAGCGUCAAAACAAAAUACUGUCUGUCAUGGGCUGAAGGAAACGCAACUCGUGUGCAAGUCAACUGCACCAUCGAGUGGACUGGCAAGAGCUGGAUCAAAGGUCCUAUCGAAAAAGGUGCCAACGAUGGGCAAAUACAAUACUGCAAGGAUCUAUUCGCUAGUCUGAAAGCGGCCAUAUCUUCUCGACCAGCGGUGGCUAAUGGCGCGGCACAAAAGGGCAAGAAAAGGAAAGGCAAGAAGCUCCAAGACGGUCCAAGGGAUCUAGUCCAUACAACAGUGCCACCAAUAGCCAAGAAGACAGAGGACUGGGGACUACUGCAGCCACUGCAUGGCAUACUGGCUCCAGUGGUGGACAUCAUGAAACCCAUCCUUACUGGCAACGUCGUCUAUGGUUUGUUGGUAGGGCUUUUGGUGGCUUCAUGGUUCGGUUUCGGUUUUAAUCCACGACAGAAUGGCGGAGGGUAUGGAUCAGGUAUUGGCUUCCCCGGCCAUUCAGACCGGCUGAUCGCAUAUGAAGAGGUGUGGCGCCGCGAAGAGAGUGAUUUGUGGGACUGGCUCGAAGAAAGAGUUGGUCUACACCGCAUGCACGACGGCGCUAUACCCAUCAGAAAACGUGUUUCGGAUCCUCGCGCGGUUGAGGAAAGGCUUCGCGAAGAAAAGAUGUCGAACCGGGAAGUCGAGGAGGCAAUACGAGUGACUGAGGAGAAACUACAGUUACUAAGAGAGGUUCAUCACAAAAAGAACCCCAAGAUCGUGGGCCAAGACAAAAGGACCAGGCCUACAACAAGACCUGAAUCAGACAGGUAG